UUAAAAUCAUCCCUCUCUCACAAUCCCAAAAAUUUGAUCUUUGCAUUGAAGUAUACAGAGAGAGAAGUCAAGAGGGGGAGGAGAAAGGGUGACUAGAUAGAAAAACAAAAGCAUACCCCAUCAGCGGUUAUCUUCUUUCUCCAUUCUCGCUCAAGAACUCAGAAAAAAACAUCUUCCUCGACAAAGGCUUCACCUUUUUCUCUCCUUCUUAUCAAUUCCUUGUCUGUCUCUUUCAUUCUGGAAUUCCUAUUGGUGUCACUUAAAUUCUUGUGUUUUUUCCUCUGAGAUUCUUCGAAACUUCCGAUGGUUCUUUCUUAGUUUUGAAAAAGGGAGUUCAUUUAUAGAUAUUUUGGAUUCCAUUUCUGUUUCCCUUUUUCUCUUGGUCUGUUUCUUUGCUUUUGAUCUCUUUCUCUCACAAUCAGUGAUGGGGAUAUACCUCAGUUCUCCAAAGACGGAGAAAUUCUCAGAGGAUGGCCAGAAUGGUAGGCUUAGAUAUGGUUUAUCAUCUAUGCAAGGUUGGCGUGCAACCAUGGAAGAUGCGCAUGCUGCAAUAACCGAUUUGGAUGCUACCACUUCAUUCUUUGGUGUUUAUGAUGGCCAUGGAGGUAAAGUAGUUGCGAAAUUCUGUGCCAAGUUUCUCCAUCAGCAGGUUCUCAAGAAUGAAGCAUACGUUGCAGGAGAUAUAGGAACUUCUGUCCAGAAAUCAUUUUUCAGAAUGGACGAGAUGAUGUGUGGCCAGAGAGGUUGGAGGGAAUUGGCAUCUUUGGGUGAUAAAAUAAACAAGUUUACUGGCAUGAUAGAAGGGUUGAUAUGGUCUCCAAGGUGUGGUGAUAGCAAUGAACAACUUGAUGAUUGGGCCUUUGAAGAGGGUCCUCACUCUAACUUCUCUGGACCAACUUCUGGUUGCACAGCCUGUGUUGGGAUUAUUAGACACAAUCAACUCAUUGUUGCGAAUGCUGGUGAUUCUCGAUGUGUGAUAUCUAGAAAGGGCCAGGCAUACAAUUUGUCUAGAGAUCACAAACCUGAUCUUGAGGCUGAGAAAGAAAGGAUAUUAAAAGCUGGUGGUUUCAUACAUGCAGGACGGGUCAAUGGCAGUUUAAAUCUUGCAAGGGCUAUAGGUGAUGUGGAAUUCAAGCAGAAUAAGUUUUUGCCUGUUGAAAAGCAAAUCGUGACAGCCAAUCCAGAUAUAAACAUUGUCGAGCUAUGUGAUGAUGAUGAUUUUCUUGUGCUGGCAUGUGACGGAAUAUGGGAUUGCAUGUCAAGCCAGCAACUAGUAGAUUUUAUUCAUGAACAACUUCAAGUGGAAAACAAGCUCUCUGCAGUGUGUGAGAGAGUCCUUGAUAGGUGUUUGGCGCCAUCAACAAUAGGUGGUGAGGGAUGUGACAAUAUGACCAUAAUUGUGGUACAGUUUAAGAAACCUAUCGGGUCCAAUGCCUCCGCAGACGAGCAAUCGUCACAAUCCGAACCUGCUGUUGCUGAAUCUAAACCAGUGGAAAGUUAACUGAAGUACGAUCCAUAGCCUCCUUGCGAUGUCCCAAAUGCUAUUUUCCAGCCUCUGGAUGGAAAAACAGUACAAGGGUCCUGCUUUUUCUCGAGAAGCCAGGUCCUUGGAUACAUAUUUGUAGAUGGUUUAACAUGGAUGGAUGAAACAUUAAGAACAAUCGUUUGAUGUUCUGAUGCGUGCUUAUAAAACCGACGUGUUCUUAAGUUUUAAGUUUAGAUGUAACAUCUAAUGCUGGGGUUGUGAUAAGAUCUAGGUGGGAUUGACCUU